AUGUCGCUCACGUCGAAAUACCUUGCUGUAUACAAUGCAGCUUCGUUCUCGCUAUGGGCGUACUUGGCGUUUCUCAGCUUAAAAUUGGGACCGUCGCUAUAUGCGCAAGGCCGUCUGUAUGACCUCUACGAUGCGCUUCUAUAUCCCUUCCUGACCGGGACCCAAUCACUGGCGGCCAUCGAGGUCGUACAUGCCGCUGCAGGACUGGUCAGGGCCUCACCUGUUACGACUGCCAUCCAAGUAAUCGGGAAGAACCUGGUGGUUUGGACGGUCAUGGUUCAAUUCCCUGAAGUCAUUGUCGGUCAGGCGAACCAGGACUCAGUAGGGAUAUGGGGAUUUCUUGGAUGCGUGGUAUUCUGGAGUUUGUCCGAGAUUAUUAGAUACGGUUACUUCACCGUGCUGUUGCUUACGGGAGAUACUCCGUCUUGGCUCAAGUGGCUUAGAUACAGCGCUUUUAUCGCAUUGUACCCUCCAGGGCUUUUCAGUGAGGCAUGCCUUGUAUUUCUCAGUCUGUCUAGGGCCGAAAAUGUGAGCUUGCCAAACCGAGCGUAUUUGAUUGCUGGAUUUCUGAGCUACAUUCCUGCGAGCUACAUCAUGUACACGUACAUGCUAUCACAGCGCCGCAAAGUGCUCAGAACCCCUUGA